AUAAUCACGACAGCUGUAUCAAGAAAAAGGGAAAGAAUUUUAUGAGCUUGCCCCAAUUUUUCCUUUAAUAUAUAUACACUACGCCAUUAUUACCACUUUCAUUUUCCUUCUUAUCUCCCUUUUCCUUCCUCCUCCGUCGACUUCAAACUCUUCUCGGCAAAAGAAAAAAAAGAAAAAUGCCGGCGGCCGGAAUCGCUCCCGGUGGCUCCGGUAAGGAGUACCCAGGGAACCUCACCCCUUUCGUCACCGUCACUUGCAUCGUCGCCGCCAUGGGCGGCCUCAUCUUCGGCUACGACAUCGGAAUCUCCGGUGGCGUGACGUCGAUGGACUCGUUCCUGCGGGAUUUCUUUCCGUCGGUGUACCGGAAGAAGCACGCCGACGCGACGGUCAACCAGUACUGCCAGUACGACAGCCAGACGCUGACCAUGUUCACCUCGUCGCUGUACCUGGCGGCGCUGCUGUCGUCGAUCGUCGCCAGUACGGUCACCAGAGUAUUCGGCCGGAAGCUCUCCAUGCUCUUCGGCGGUCUUCUUUUCUUCGCCGGAGCCCUGGUCAACGGCUUCGCUAAGGCCGUCUGGAUGCUCAUCCUCGGCCGGAUUCUGCUCGGUUUCGGCAUCGGCUUCGCUAAUCAGUCGGUGCCGCUCUACUUGUCGGAGAUGGCGCCGUACAGAUACAGGGGAGCACUGAACAUCGGCUUCCAGCUCUCGAUCACCGUCGGCAUCCUCGUCGCCAACGUCCUCAACUUCUUCUUCAACAAGAUCGCCGGCGGCUGGGGCUGGCGCCUCAGCCUCGGCGGCGCAAUGGUCCCGGCGCUCAUCAUCACCGUCGGCUCCCUCGUCCUCCCCGACACCCCCAACUCCAUGAUCGAGCGCGGCCGGGCCGACGAGGCCCGGUCCGCCCUCCGCCGCAUCCGCGGCGUCGACGACGUCGACGACGAGUUCUCCGACCUCGUCGCCGCCACCGAGCAGUCCAGGCUCGUCGAGCACCCCUGGACCGAUCUGCUCCAGAGGAAGUACCGGCCGCACCUGGCCAUGGCCGUCUGCAUCCCCUUCUUCCAGCAGCUCACCGGAAUCAACGCCAUCAUGUUCUACGCGCCGGUGCUGUUCAACAGCAUCGGAUUCGGCGCCGACGCUUCCCUAAUGUCGGCGGUGAUCACCGGGAUCGUCAAUGUCUGUGCCACCAUGGUGUCCAUCUAUGGUGUUGAUAAGUGGGGGAGGAGGUUUCUCUUCCUAGAAGGUGGCGUUCAGAUGUUAAUUUGUCAGGCGGUGGUGGCGGCGUGCAUCGGGGCGAAAUUCGGCGUCGACGGCGACCCAGGGGAGCUGCCGAAGUGGUACUCGAUCAUCGUGGUGAUGUUCAUCUGCAUCUACGUGGCCGGAUUCGCGUGGUCGUGGGGCCCGCUGGGGUGGCUGGUGCCGAGCGAGAUCUUCCCGUUGGAGAUCCGGUCGGCGGCGCAGAGCGUGACGGUGUCGGUGAACAUGAUCUUCACGUUCGCGGUGGCGCAGAUAUUCCUGAUGAUGUUGUGUCGUUUGAAGUUCGGGUUGUUCCUGUUCUUCGCGUUCUUCGUCGUGGCGAUGUCGAUUUUCGUCUACUUUUUCUUGCCGGAGACGAAGGGGAUUCCGAUCGAGGAGAUGGGAAGGGUGUGGAGGUCGCAUUGGUACUGGUCGAGGUUCGUGGAGGCGGAGGCGGGGCAAGGGAAUGGGAAUUUGGAGAUGGGUGGGAAAGUUGCGUGAUUGAGAUUUGAGAGGGUUUUUUGGUUGUAGUGGGAAAAUUGAGGGACGAUUAUGGAAUUUGGAUCUAUACUUUUUUUUUCUUUCUAGUUGUUUUUGAGGGGUGCGGGUUCAAAAUUUGGUUAAAUAGUGGUACAUAAGUGGUUUGGGAAUUUGGAGAAUUGAGAAUUUGUUUCUCUUUUUGUUAAAUUAUAUCCAUUACCAUUUACAUGCCCAAUAUGUUCAUUCUACACUAUGUUUAGAGAUUUAAUAACCAAUAAGAAUUAAAACUUAAAAGAGACAGAGAUUGUUGUGCGAAUGAUUCUAUAA